AUGUCUCGCGACUCAUUGAAUGGGAAGACAAAUGGCGGCAAAAAGUGGAGCGAAAUGAACGAAGAAAACAAACGAUUGAAAAAAUUGAUCGUUAAAUACGAGACCGAAAGCAAAGCCAUCAUUAGUAAGGCGUCCACUCUUAAGGAGAGGGAGAAGACAGCACUUCUGCAGACAUUAGAGUUGUUUAAACUCAACACUUAUCUCAUCAGUCGAUUACCUGAUGCCCAACGAGUGCUCGACGACUAUCUCAAGACGUCGACCAGUAAAGCGAACGGCGGACCGAAGCCGAGCACUUCCAACGCCGGCGGACGUAAGGAUAAGCGAAAGGACUCUUCGAACGGUUCGCCCACCUCUUCGUCUAAUAAGAUCUCGAAUUACUUUAAAUCUAUGGAUAAAACGAGUGGCGCUAACGACGCCAGCGAUGACUCCCGAAGACGUUCGCCACGAAAAGUGGAGCCGAAACCGAACAAAGUAUUGAAACCAAAGACACGGAAUCUUUUAAUGUCUUCCGAUUCAGAACCGGAGGAACCACUUGAGCCGCAAAGGACUCAAAAGACUAAGAGGGGAAGAGCGGGUCCGAAGUCCAGGAAGAGGACCACCAGUGAUACAGAAUCUCAAACUUUAGACGAUUCUAUGGAUUCGCAAUCGUUGGACAAAUCGGAGUCAAAGAAAGGCAAAGAGAAGAAAGCUUCGGGACCUAAGAGGCAGCGAAAGACUCGGGAUUCUCAGCCCUCAGGGUACUUUCCGUGUACUUUCGAUGCGAAACAAUGCGAUGCUGUGAUGGAUACCAAAGAGCACUUUGAGUUUCAUAUGAAAGGCCAUUACGACGCGAAGUAUGUGUGUCCGUAUUGUGCAUAUACGGGACAAACGAUUCAAAUAAUCAAACGACACAUUAAUACUGAACGCGAGGCCGCGAAGAAGGCCGAGGACGAGAAGAAAGGGUUGACCGAAGACCAGAGCGCGCAUAAAGACAUGAAGAUCUAUAAGUGUUUUGGUUGUAAAGUGUGUAAUAAAAUACACGACAAACUGGAGAAGCGCUGCGAACACAUCGACGAAGACACGGACAAUGAGUGCGAUUUCGCUCACGAUAUCGACUAUCAAUUUAAGGAUCACCUGAAGAAGCACUUCAAUGAGCUGUUUAUCGCAAUCAAAGACAAGGACAAGAGGAGGGAUAAGAUCCGACCGAUUGUCGACAAGUUCUGCGAAGAGUUGUACUUCGAGAACAGCGCGAAGAAGAAG